AUGCAAUCAUUGAUGACGAAUAGGCCUCAGAGAGGUGGAUAUCGAGAAGGCUCCAUGAUAACUAGUAAUGCAUAUAGACCUAGUGUGUGUAACAGGAUUCGUAGUACAUCCUCAACAGAUAAGUUGCAAGAUGCAAGACAAACACGGUUGUGUUUCACACGUUUGCAAGAGGUGCAUACAGAAGUGAACUGUGAACCAGUGAGCAAGUUCAGUGAUAAGCUAAAUGUAAACUCCAGGCCUGACUCCGAAUUGUGUGACGAUAACGGUGUGGUCAAGAAGUCUGUAGUUGCAACUGGUAAGCCAUUGUUGAAUAGAGUGUCACAGAAUAGAGUUGCUGCUUCAGAUGCCAUUUCUGACCCUACAAGUUUACAAGGUAUUACUAGUCAGAGUGAAGUUAUAAAUCCUUUUAGGAUUUGUGAGGAGGAACCAAAAUUGUCUACUUCUGCUGUUAAAGAGUUUGAAAAUGAUGAACUUGACGAUAAAGUGAAUAUUCGUGAUAAUGAUCAUGAUACUUCACAGUUGUCUUUGGUUGUUCAUGAUGAGAUGAGGGAUAUGCCUACUACUACCAGUUGA